UUUAAGUGCUGAAAAAAUGGAAAAAGAACAAACAAACACUGCCGAAGAACCCACAGGUGUGUCUGAAGAUUCCACUGUUGAAGCUAUGCAAGAGCAGCUCUCGAAGUCAAUAAAUCUUGGUGAAGUGGGCCAUGGCGAAAACAACAUUAGCAUGACAGAUGAAAAGCCGGCGGGAAAAGCAGGAAAAAAUAAAUGCAGUCCUAAAGCUCGUCGCACCGUAGCUGGCACUGACACCAGCAUUGAACCAGAUAUCAGAAAACUGAAGCAACGACGCAUAAAUGUAGCUGGUGCACCCAAAAUGCCAUUAAAUGGAUAUGUGCGCUUCAUGAACGACCGCCGAGAGAUGCUGCGACGGGAUUACCCUAACCGUACUGCCCUGGAGCACACCAAGAUGAUUGGCGAGGAAUGGCAAGCGUUGCCCGAUGAGCGCAAGGCUCCGUAUCUGGAUGCAGCAGCCAAGGAUAGAGCCAAAUAUCACGAGGAAUUGAAUAAAUUUUUAAAAGAGCAUCCCGAUAUCUGGAACAGUGAACUGGCCAAAAUCAAUAAGUCCAAUAACUCUGCGACAGUGGACCAAAAGAUUGGUGGAAACAAAGAAAAGUCCAACAACAACAUUAGCACCAACAACAGCGGCGCUGGUACUAGCAAAAAACAAGGCCCUAAGUGUGCGGAGGUCAAGCGUCAAUCUGGUACUAAUUCAAACCCGGAUGACCUGUCGGUUUUGCAGACCCUCCCGCCAUCCGCAGCCCACACCCCGGCAGUUACCCGCCCUUACACAGCAACAGAAAUACCCAUCUUUACAAACGAAUUCCUUGAUCACAACCGAAAUGUUGAAAUUGAGCUACGCACCCUGCGCAAAACCAAAACCGAUUUGGAGCAGCAAAAUGAUGUUCUCGGACAGCAUGUGGAAAACACAAAGGCCGGAAGCGCGAAAAUUACGGGCGAAGUGGCCGAAUUGCAGGAAGAAACCAAAAUCCUAAAAGCCUACAACAAGGCGUUGCGUCAAAAGUUAAUACUCGCACUGCGCGGCGUUGGCCUGCCCGCGCUCAGUAUCAAUGGGCCAACAGAAGAUAACCUUGAUAGGUAUAUGCAGCACCUGGCAGACUUGACCACUACAGCUACGGGUCAGAAUGAUCCCACAUUUCAACUAGCGCGAGAUUUGCUACUCAAUGUAGAUUUUACUGAUCUUCAAAAGUCGUGAGCCCUGCAACAAACAGUAUUGAAUCGAUAAGAGUUUAUCAGCAAAGUUCAACUAUUAGCAAUAUAAAAUUAAUUGGAAAAUAAUAUGCAUCUACAUUAUGUAUAUUCUUCUUUUAAUAAAUUCUUUACAACUUGGAAAUAAUUUACGUAUGUAUAUGUUCCUCCUCGGAGGCGUUGCCCCCGCUGGCAAUACUAUCACGACUGCGUGACGACAAGCUUCCAGCGCUACGAUAGGAACGUAUCCGAGGAGUGCGCGCCGGCAUUAUCCGACUAGCCGCAAGCUCGGUUCCCAUCUGAGCCUUACGACGCUGCAACAUCUUGCGCACAAAAUAGACCGCGCCCAGUAGCAUUGGAAUCAACAUGAAAGGAUGACAGGCAAUGCGCA